CGGGCCACCAUCGAGGUGCGCAAGGGCGGCUGCCUGCGCGCCACGGGCGAGGAGUACUGCAACGGCGCCGGGCUCUGGGUGAAGCUCAGCAAGGAGCAGCUCAAAGAGCACAAGGGCUGCCAUGACCUGGAGGAGGGCUGGCUCCUGGCGCAGAGAUUUGGAGAGACAGGAGAUAAGCUGGUCCCAGUCGAGUCUGUGGAGAGGAUGCAGUGGCAGCAACAAAUGUUCGGGGUUGAUUAUAAACCUGCGGUCAGCUGGGAGCAAGUGGUGGACCUGAUGUACUCCACGCGGCUCGGAGGCAACCCCAAGUUCAUGGAUCAGGACGAGGCUGCGGUGCAGAAGUUUCGGUCUCUGCCGGCGUCCUGGAACUACGAGUGCGACGUAGAGCUGGCGCGCUUCCUGCGCGAUCACAGCGAGAGGGAGCUGCAGGGACAGGACUGCAUGAAGGAACACGUCAACAGCCUCGACGUCUCCUCGCAGGCGGAGAACUUCGGUGCAUCCCACCUGACAGACGGCCAGACAGACACCUUCUGGGAGAGCGAAGGGCCCCAGGGGGAGCACUGGGUGCGGCUCUACAUGAAGAAAGGCUCCAUCGUCAAGAAGCUGUGGCUGGUACUGGAGUCACAGACCACAUCCUACAUUCCCAGACGGGUGGCUGUGUAUGGCGGGGAACUAAACAGGCUGCAACACCUGAGAAGCGUCCUAAUCAGCGAGAGCAGCUACCGUAACGUGUGCAUCCUCCGCAACAUGAAAACCCACCUGCCGGUCCUGGAGAUCCGCAUCCUGGAAUGCCGGGACGGCGGGUACAACGUUCGCCUGCAAGGGAUUAAGAUCAAGUCCUUCUGGGAGUGGGACCUGGUCCUCAAUGUGGACAUGUUCCGGCCUGCCAGGCUGGUGCGCUAUCCCCUCCUGGAAGGGGUGGACAGGGACACGCUGUACCGGCGGGCUGUGCUCAUUCAGAGGUUCAUCACGCUCCUGGACAGCGUCCUGCACUACCUGAUCCCCAUCUCGGACCAGACCAUUGGCACCUUCAGCGUGCUCAGGAGCAUCAAGCCCUUCCUGCCGCUGUCCAAGCACUGCAGUGCCCUCAUCACCCGGUAUCUGCAAGACUCGCAGAGCCCCGCUCCGCAGUCCGUGCCCAAGGUGCACAUCAACCGGUACCUGGCCCGGGAUCACCGUGUCAACCCCGCACUGGACCCCACCUACAAGAACUCCAUCUUCACCCAGCUUUACGAAGGCCUCAGAACUUCAGGCAAGAACCAGCAGCCCAUGAAUUACAGGUGGCCCCCGGACUACACCCAGUGGUGGGAGUGCGACUUCAUCUCCGAGGGCAUCGUGGACAACGGCGGCGGCUUUCGGGACAGCCUGUCCGAUGUGUCGGAGGAGCUGUGUCCCAGCGCGGGCGACGUCACCGUGCCCCUGCCCUUCUUCGUGCGCACGUCCAACCAGGGCGCUGGUGACACCAGGGAUGUGUACGUCCCCAACCCCUCCUGCAAGGACUUCCCCAAAUACGAGUGGAUCGGGCAGCUCAUGGGAGCAGCUCUGAGGGGCAAGGAGUUUCUGGUCCUGGCUCUGCCAGGCUUGGUGUGGAAGCAGCUGGCAGGGGAGGAGAUCAGCUGGAGCAAGGACUUCGCUGCUGUGGACUCGGAGCUGGUGAAGCUCUUGGAAGUGCUGCAGGGGGUCGACAGGGAGGCCUUUGACUUCAUGUUUGGCAGAGAGCUGACCUACACAACGGUGCUGAGCGACCAGCGCAUGGUGGAGCUGAUCCCCAACGGCAGCAGCACCGUGGUGCGCUACGAGGACCGCAAGGAGUUCAUCCGCCUGGUGCAGAAGGCCCGGCUGGAGGAGAGCAAGGAGCAGAUUGCAGCCAUACGGGCUGGGCUGCUCCACGUGGUGCCCCAGGCCAUGCUGGACCUCCUUCCCUGGCAGCAGGUGGAGAAGAUGAUCUGUGGGGAGCUUGAGAUCACAGUGGCCGACCUGAGGAAACACAUCACCUUUGAAGAAUUCCCCCCCAAGGACCCCCGUGUCGAGAUGUUUUUGGAGGCGCUCAACAACUUCACCAGCAGGGAUCUCAGCCGCUUCCUCAAGUUUGUCACCGGCCGGAGCCGCCUGCCAGUUCGGAUCACCAUCUACCCGGACAGGACCAACUCGCAGGCGGUGGACAUGAUGCCAGAGGCCUCCACCUGCUCCAGCAUCUUCUACUUGCCCACAUACUCUUCGGCCAAGGCGUGCGAGGAGCUGCUGCGUUACGCUGUCUACAACUGCAUGUCCAUCGACACGGACAGGAACUUCUGGGAGGAGUGA